CAAACAAAUUAGUGUCUUUUUUGCAGAAAAGAGUAGUUUCUAGAGAAAAAUGUCAUCUUUGAAAGCCAAGAAACCAAUUGGCACCCAGCUCUUUGGGCAGGGCAAAGAUCAGGAGCCAGCAAAGGGUGCUGAUGCUUCCUCAAAAUCUGCCUCUUCCAAGCCGGCGGGCAAGAAGGCUGCAGAAAAGCCUCAGCCAACUAAGAAGAAGGGGAAAGGUGGAAAAGCAGGGGGAAAGAAAUAAGAUAAACUUUCCUUAAUUUAUAUGUCCAUUUUCGGUUUUCUUUUCACUCUGUGUUUUGUUUGUUUGUUAACUUAUGCGUGUGGCCAUGGGGACUUGCCAUCUUGUAACAUAUAUAUAUUGGCUUAUGGAUAUUGACAUUAAGUAAAAAGUUCCUUGUUCACUAUUACUUCCAUCUUGUACUAUUAUAUUAACUUAUGGGUGCCACAUGGGGACUUGCCGUCCGUCCAUGCACACAAAUAUGUUAGCUAAUUUGUCCACGAAUUCAUUCGUCCGUUUAUAAAUUCGUUUAUAAAUUUAUUCAUUUACAAGUAUUCAUAAAUUCAUUUGUCCGUAAAUUUAUUAAAAAUCUAUUUAUAAAUAUCAGUUCGUCCAUCAAAGUGCCUAUCUAUAAAUCUAUUCAUCCAUAUGUUUGCUCACAAAUAAGUUUAUUCAUUUGCCUUUAAGUUUGUUCAUAAAUUCAUUCUUUUGUUUGUCUACAAUUGUACGUAAAUUACUUCACUAAUCUAUCUUGUUUCAUAUAUACUCAUCCAGAAAUUCAUUUGUCUGUUUGUCCUUGUCCAGGAGUUCGCAUAUUAAUCCACAAAUAUGUCCGUCUAUCCAUCUAACAGCUUUGUCCAUCUAUAAAUUUAUUUGUAAAUCUAUUUAUUCAUAAAUCUAUUCACAAAUC